AGCUACUACCUAAAACACUAUCCACAUGCGACGGACAGCAUGUCAUGACCUACACAAGGGACAAGGUUCUGUGACAUUGGGAAACUUUUAGGACUUCUUGUGGUCAGUUUCGACCAUGGCUGGCUGCAGCCCCUUCCUCUACACAAGGCGGGUGCCUCUAGUGAACUAUAUCCGCGAGAACAAGGGUCUCCUUGCGCAAGCUUUUCGGCGAGAGCUCGCGACAAAAUCGGGAUGUCGUCUGGAACAACCAUCAUGGCGGUCCAUGGCGUACAAGUUUUUCUUCCCUAGUCUACACGACAGUGUGGUCUCCAUAGGCAGGUUUCUCGCCCAGCAGUUCAACGUUUACGCCGCUCAGAGAAUCCGCAGGAUGGGGCAAGUGUGGAGCCUGUACAGGGACAUUUAUAACGACAAGACGGUGAACUUUAUGGUGUCUAGGUUUGGUCGGAGGUUGGGCGCAAAGUCGGAGAGAAGCCACCGUUGGUACGUGAUGUUCGGAGCAGUGUGCUUCGCCUGGGACAAGGAAAGGAUCACCGACCAGGAGUUAGACUGUUACAUCCAAGACAUGUGGGAUGUCCAGAGAAUGACAAAGAACACUGCCAACAACAGAAACAGCAGUCGCCAGGCCAGCACAGAGGUGGACAGCAGGAACAGCAGUGAACAGCAGGAGAUCAGCUGUUCCUCCUUCCUGAACAGCUGGGAGAGGGUGAUUGACAGGACCGACCUGAAGGUGUGGAGACAGCCCAUGCAGGGCAGCAGUCUCUACCAGUACAAAGUAUAUGGAACCUUCCAUGAUAUCUCGGCUAGAACCUUCUUCAAUGUUCAGCUGGACCUGAACUACAGGAAGGAGUGGGACAAGCUGGUGGUGAAGCUGGAGGUGAUUGACAGGGAUGAUGAUGAUGGGUCAGAGGUCGUCCACUGGGUCAUGCACUAUCCUUACCCGAUGUACAGUCGAGAGUAUGUCUAUCUGAGACGACACAAAGUGGACACUGAUGCAAACAUCAUCGUUCUGGCAUCCAGAUCGGUGGAGCACCCAGACUGUCCAGAAGGUGACCAGUACGUCCGUGUGGGCACCUACAGUUCUAACAUGGUCAUCAAGCCACACAGAACAUUUGAUGAGGAUGGGUUUGACUACAUCCUGACCUACAACGAUGACCCCAAGGCCUACUUCCCAUCCUAUCUCUCAACUGGAUGCCAGCUCUGUAUGUCAAGUAGGGGUCUACCAGACUUCAUAAACCAGCUGCACCAGGCCGCCUACAAUGCCAGUCACAAGGGCAGCCGGGGUUGCCUAGGUAACCUCCCGCCCCACCCUGAGGCAGGUCGCGCCAUGGCCAACUGA